AUGGUAACUUAUCUACGCUAUGGUGGUCAUGAAUCACUACUCUGGCUGUAUUUGGCCGAUCCCUCAGAACCACCAUCACCACCUCAACAGCCCUCAGAACCAUCACCACCUCAACAGCCCCCAGAACCACCAUCAUCACCUCAACAGCCCUCAGAACCUCCACCACCUCCACAACAGCCCUCAGAACCAUCACCACCUCAACAGCCUCAGAACUCCACCAUCACCACCACCACCUCCUCAACAGCCUCAGAACCAUCACCACCUCAACAGCCCUCAGAACCUCCACCAUCACCACCACCACCUCCAGCCCUCAGAGACAUCACCACCUCAACAGCCCUCGGAACCUCCUCAACAAACAUACCCUCCACAACAGCCCUCAGAACCAUCACUCAGCAGCCUCAGACAUGA